GGAGAAGCCCUUUCUCGUCAGGACGGAGCCGGCGCGCGCAAGGACUCCUGAGCGAAAGGGCAGCCGUUGCAGCGAAGGGCGAACAGGCCAAUCUAGAGAAGAGCGGCGGCGCGCGGGCUGAGGAGAGGAGGGGGGGUCGCUUCCUGGAUGCGGAAGGGAGCGGAAGCCAUCGCCGUUCUGAGCGCGGCUCCCCCUCCCUCCCCUCCCCGGCUUUUGCCAGCGCGCGCGCGCGCUCUCUCCCCGCUCUCGCGCGCCUCGUCCCCUCAGGGAGCAGCUGUUCUGUGGAGCUGCGCCACCUCCCCUUCCGGAAGGGGGCGCUGUUCCUUCGGCUGCCGCGCCGCGCCUCCUCCCAUGAGGCUCCCCUGGCGGAGGCCGGGGCCUGCGCUGAGGUGGGGCGGGAGGCGGCCGUGGCCGCGGCGGCUGCUGCUGCUGCUGCUGCCUUAGGUCGAUGCCUGCUCGCUUGCUCGCCUGCCUGGGGCGGAGAAGGGCGGCGGCUGAGCGGGGAGGCCAGAUGAGGAGGCGGCGGAGGAGGCCGCUGCUGCUACCGCCGCCGCCGGGUCCCCUCAGCCCCACCGGCCUCGCCAGGUAAAUGCAUCACAGGUGAGAGGGCUCACAGGUGCGUUUGUGGGGCCGAGUUUGCGCCGGCUGCUGAGCCUCGUUUCCAGCCCCCGAAGUUGAGCCUUGGGUUAUGUGGCGUGGGGUGCCUCUGGGCGCGUCCAGAGUGCCGCUAGACGGAUAAUCCCUCAGGCUGCGGAGCAAACGGCGAUUUUGCAGCAGGCACUUGUGUCCAAGGAGGGAAAGCGCCCAGAGAUGGAGAUUUAACGGGAUAGUCGCAGCAGGAGCCAGGAUUUCUAGCAUGCUAAGUCUUGGGAAGGGUCGAAGGCAGGCAUUGAAGCUCAGAGUCUGCUUUGCACGCAGAUGCUUCCAGGUUCUCAAUCCCUGGCGUGUUCAGGUGUUGGGGAGGAUUUCUGCCUGAAAUACAUAGUGAACUAGACGUGACUUGGUUUAAGUCAGCUGUGUAUUUAUUAAACAGCUUCCCAACGGGAGAGGAUGGUACAUUAAACACUGGGAGUUGGCAGGAUCAUAAAUGAUAAAAUGGUGUAACGUAUAUGUGAUACUGAUGGGUUAACUUUAUUGGAAUGCCAAACAAAAGGUGAUAACUGAUGCUCUUUUUCAUUGCUGUAAUAUUGCAGCACUAUGUUGAGAGACGAGGUGUGAGAAUAAUUAAAAUAAUUUGUGGUUUGAAAAGCAGAAGCUGGCAGUACAGUCAUUCCAUAUUGCCUGUUGGCUUUUUAUUCACUGUAAUUUCUAGCACUCUCCCUAGUCUGUAUCAAGAGGUAUGCAUAGCUGGUUCUCAGCAAGCACACAACACACUAAAGAUGCUGUGCCUUUCAGCUGUAACAGUGCCUUCCCACAGAGUGUUCACCCCACCUCAGGUUUCACAAUCCCUUUUGGAAAUGCAGUCUGCUUCUCAUAUUUGCUGUUAAAGUUGUAGUUAAGUUGCCUGAUUGAUGGACUUGCUGCUUUGGUCCCUACACAGGGAGUUUACAAAUUAGGUUGCACCCAUGCCAUGCACUUCAAGCACUUUUAUGUCACUUUUACAUAAUUCACCAUUCAUUUUAAGGGUGGUGGAGGGAAAGAACGUCACCCGUAAUGUACAGAAAAUAAUUGUUUUCUUAGAAUGGCAAUGGCACCCACCUGAGAGGUGCCAGAACUGAAUUCUGGCAAGUUCUGGCUGAAAAAAAGAACUGUCUAAAGGCAUUUAUUUUUGCAUGAUUUUUUUUGCCUUAUAUUGCUUAGAGCCGGUGUUUCCCCCCCUAGAAAAUAGGUGCCGGUACUUGCCAUGAAGUUGUUACAUUAAGUGCCACAGUUUUUAAACAACAACAAAAAGGGUACUGUGUACCCUUGAGUACCCCUUGAAAAAAAGCACUGCUUAGAGCAGUUUACAACUUUCACAAGAAACAGUUCAACACUGGAAACAAAAAGUUCAUUAAAGACAUACAGUAUGUUGGUGAUGCAAACUAUGACCUUAAGGCCACAAAAAAGUGAUGUCUUAAACACUUUGUGGAUACUGUUAAGUCAUUGAUCCUUGUCCAUAUCAGCAGUUUUGAAGAGUUGUGGAUGGAUGUGAUACAUCUUCAGGUUUUUGUGAAGGCAAGUGCAGAACAUUGAUUUCUUUUCAAGAUUAUCACAGAGAUUAUGCAGGUGCAGGGAGUUUUAGAGCAAACUGAGAAAACUGUGGGAAAUAGUAAGAAGUAUUUGACUAUUUGUCAGAAUUGUCUGACAGCAUUCAAAGGAAAGGUAAAUAUUUGUCUUCAGGGGGUUCCUUGCUUCUGUUCUCUUUUUAAAAAAUCAUUUCUUAAAACUUCUACACCAGUUGCUUCUAAAAAACCACAAAGCGGUUUACAAGACAAUAACACUGAGAAAAAAUUACAACCAUACUUUAAAACACACAGAAGUUAAAAUACUAGAACAGAUUAAAAUUACCUCAGCUUUCUAAGCAACUAGAGUGCUUCUCUGUGUAAUGUCUUGAGUGACUGAGCAUUUGUAACAGAGUUAAAUAUUCAGUUACAUGAGCAAAGAGAUGGAAGAAGGAAAAUAAUAAAGUGUGUAUGUCUAGUUACGUAAUAAUUAAAGUUGAAAACUUUAAUUAGCUGAUUAGUCAGCUUAAAAUGAGGGCCAAUUUUGUAAUCGUUUUGUCUUGUAAACUUGCUUUUUGUUAACAAUUGAUAGAACAUUGUUUCUGAUGUUGAAACAAACAAAUUCCUUCCAGUAGCACCUUAGAGACCAACUAAGUUUGUUACUGGUAUGAGCUUUCAUGUGCAUGCACAGUUCUUCAGAUACUUCAGAUACUGAAGAAGUGUGCAUGCACAUGUAAGCUCAUACCAAUAACAAACUUGGUUGGUCUCUAAGGUGCUACUGGAAGGAUUUUUUGUUUUUGUUUCGACUACAGCAGACCAACACGGCUACCUACCUGCUUCUGAUGUGUUCAGGUAAUAGAGGAUGAAAAAGGAGAAAAAGUAAAGAUGUCCUUUCCUUCUAGCGCUGCACAGUUACUUUUGUUUGUUGAACAGUAACUUCUCAUAUGCUUCAUUUCUUCAAAACCUGUACAGUGGUACCUCAGGUUACAGACGCUUCAGGUUACAGACUCCACUAACCCAGAAAUAGUACCUUGGGUUAAGAACUUUGCUUCAGGAUGAGAACAGAAAUCGCCCAGCAGUGUGGCGGCAGCGGGAGGCCCCAUUAGCUAAAGUGGUACCUCAGGUUAAGAACAGUUUCAGGUUAAGAAUGGACCUCCAGAACGAAUUAAGUUCUUAACCCAAGGUACCACUGUAAAAGAAUAUUGGGCCAUUAUGUGUGUUAUACACCUGGGCUCCAUACUUCUCAAAUGCUAUAAACUUAAUUUUUACUGGCUUUCCCAGGAGGAGGAGUUGAAUUGUGGGCAGUAUCUAAUUUCUUUUUAUAACUGUUCUUACUUGUUACGUUUUUAUUGUUUUAUUAUUGUACACCACUAUGGUAUUUUGUAAUGUUAAGCAGUUCAUAAAUAUUCCAAAUAAAUGCCGCAGACCUAAGCACACUUAAGUAGGCAAAGGUCCCAAAUGAACCCACAAGGACUUAUGUGUAAAUAUCAACAGGACGAUACUGCUAGUGUUACUAAUUUAGCUUGCAAUAUUUCUCAAUCAGUAUCUACACCUUGUUACGCUAACUCCCCUACUACUCUAUCAUUCAGUGAUAGAAUUGUUGCACUUUCUAACAUGUAGCAAAAAGCUAUCCAUGCAGAUACAGGUAACUUACAACUUGCGCUUAUUUAACAUACACGCUUGCCUUUUUUGUGAUGCAAAAAUGGUGUGCACAGGAAAAAAAGAAAUGGCACGAAAAUGGUGUGAAGGGGGAGGGGAAUUGGGGGGAACAGGAAAAAAUUGAAUCUUCUGGUCCAGAGGAUUGAGAAACUCUUGGAGCCGCAUGGGAGGUCAUAUAAGAAGCUGGAGGGGAGGAGGGGGAAUUGGUGAAGAUGGCCUCCUUUCCCAUUCUGCUGAGGGAAGCCUUCAUUGGAUCAAAGUGCCUUCUGCCCACAGAAGGACAUCACUGGACAGGCACCCAAUAUUAAAUAAUGUGAUUUCUAGGUCCUGCUACACAUACAACAUUGAUUAUGCAAAAACCCCAGUACAUCCAAUGGCAAUUGUAUGCUGCCAAUACAGUGGUACCUCAGGUUAAGUACUUACCGUAAUUGUUCCGGAGGUCCGUUCUUAACCUGAAACUGUUCUUAACCUGAAGCACCACUUUAGCUAAUGGAGCCUCCCGCUGCCAUCAUGCCGCCACCACCCAAUUUCUGUUCUCAUCCUGAAGCAAAGUUCUUAACCCAAGGUAUUAUUUCUGGGUUAGCGGAGUCUGUAACCUGAAGCGUAUGUAACCUGAAGCGUAUGUAACCCGAGGUACCACUGUAUUGAUGUCGAUUUUAGAUGGCUGAAAAUUCUUUUAAAUAAAUCACAAUAAUUGAACUUGUGAGCUUCUCAUAGGCAUGUGGAUGGCCACCAUAGAAAAUAUGUUGGACUAGAUUAAUCUUUGGUCUGAUCUAGCAAGGCUUCUUUCAAGUUUUUGAGUUGCAUUGUGUUGUACACAGAAAUGUUCUGUAUAAAUAAGUUUUUUUCUGUAGACCUGAUAUACGUCUCUUGAUUUAUCCUGUCAAAAUGUGCAAAAACAAAUAUUGUAAAAGUCUAGAGAAGAAAUCAAAAUAUUAAUAAUCUGGAAUCUUUUACCAUUGAAGAACACAAUCAAUAAAUGACAUGCUGAGGCUUGACCUAAUCCAGGGAUAGGAACCAGCUGCUGUGUGAUUGGAGUUCUCAUCAUCCAUGAUCACUGGACACAUGCUGGGACCCAACAGCAUCUGGGGGCACCCAAGAGUUCCUCAUCCCUGAUCUAAUCUCUGUGGGGAAUGGUUUGUAAGCCCCUUGAGAACAUAACACAUUGUUGUAUAACUACGUAGUGUACUGUUUGCAGCAGUGAAUGUAUGUAAAUUAAGUGGAAAACUUUGGGCAAGAUAAGGAGCAGGUCUGAAAACUUGCUUGGCUGGAAUUUUAUCUGCAUGUGUUACACGUUUUCUUUUGUCUAGGAUGAAUGAAAUGAGCCUGAACCCUGUAGGGAUGGAGCAGCUGACAGCUUCCUCUGUGAGCAAUGCCCUGACUGUCUCGGGAAGCCACUUAGGAUUGGCUUCCUCACCAACACACAAUGCCAUACCAGCACCAGGUAACAUAGCAAGCUGGGGGGGGGGCCUCUUUUUUGUGUUAUGUAUAUCUUUGUGCUGUUUAGACUAGGAGAAGGUGUGCAGCUGACCAGGCCUAGGAAAGGUUGGAGGCCUGCAUUCCUCUAUUCAACGGAAGUUGCUCUUACUUUGGUCCUUUGUCUCGUAUUAUGGUGCUCCGGCUACCAAAGCUUGGCAUCUGGGGAUCCUGGUGGCAUUUCCAUAUACUUUCAGUUAUAUGAGCAUUUUUGAAAUGUUACCAAAAAUACAAUGACUACCCACAGUGCAGAGUUCUGCUGUGAAGCAACUCCCAAGAACAGCAGCAAAGGGGGUGAAAAACUAUUAAAAGAAGCUUAAGCAGCAUUUCCCCCAUUGUGGUUAGAAACCAAUACUUUCAAUGAUCCUCCUCAUUUUAACCCCCUCCCCCAAUGCUUCUUCUUAAUUUAUUGGCAGUAUAAUUGCAUUUUAUUUGCAUUUUGUUUCUGCUAGGAUUACCAGUUGCAAUUCCAAAUUUGGGGCCCUCCUUACCCUCUGCUUUAUCCCUGAUGCUUCCAAUGGGCAUUGGGGAUCGGGGAGUGAUGUGUGGAAUACCAGAGAGAAACUAUACCCUACCUCCACCGCCAUACCCUCACCUGGAGAGCAGCUACUUCAGACACAUUCUACCUGGUGAGUAGUGCGGCUGGAUGGAGACGUGUGUUGAGAUUGAAGUCUUUAUUCAGCAGGAAGGUUUAUGGGAGAACCUCUUGCAGGGGGAAUGAGUAAUAAUGUUGGUCCUAAAAGCCCCUGUGGGUUAGAUGGCAGGAUAUAUAUUUCAGGGAAAGGGUUAAAAACUUGGUAAGUUAAGGAAGUCUCUCCCAUUUUUAAAAAAACGUUUAACCAUUAGUCAUAUACAGAAGCAGGCUUUUCGCAGAAUUGUAUUUGUAUGCCUUGUUUUCUUUCUCUCAUGGCUUGAGAAAUCUUGGAACUGCAUAGAAUUGCUGUUUGUUAGUCUUAACUUUUUCAUGAUUUGGGGUUUUUAUUUAUUAAAUUUAUAUCCUGCCCUUCAUCCCAAAGGAGUUCAAGGUGGCUUCAAAGAGCAACAGCCUCUAGAACAGGAGUAGACAACAUGUCACCCUCCGCAUGUUUGGACUACACUCCCAUCGGCCCAGCAGGUGCUGCCAAGUGAUCAAAGAUGAUGGGUUUGAAGUCCAAAACAUCUGGAAUUCACCAUGUUGGCUAUUAGAGAUUUAGAACUGUUGGAUUUUUAUUUGUACAUAUAGAUUGCUGUUAGGUUCAGCCACUUGAAACUUGACUUUUUAUUGCAAACUGAUCCUCUUCUCACUUUCUCUUCUCUUUUCCUCCCUUCUCUUUUCUUUUCUCCCCUUCUUCAGGUCUUUUAUCUUAUUUAGCUGACAGACCUCCACCUCAGUACAUCCACCCCAACAAUAUAAAUGUUGAUAGUAAUCCAGCUUUAUCUGUCUCCAACAACCCUUCAGGCCUAGAUCCCUACCAGCCCAAUGGAACGGUGGGUCUCGAACCAGGCAUUGUCUCCAUGGAUUCCCGCUCAGUGAACACACACAGCACCCAAAGCUUGCAUCCCAGCGACAGCCAUGAGGUAGCUCUGGAUACCACAAUCUCCAUGGAAAGUGUUUCGAGGGUUACCAGCCCAAUCUCUACUGACAGGAUGGCUGAGGAACUUACAAUGGGUGAUGUGGCUGGGGAUCAUUCACAGAUUGCAAAUGGAAGCCAUAGUCAUGAGCCUCUAGCUGUGGAUGCUGUGGGUAGCAGCUUAGCCACGGACACUGUAGGUCAUAAUGGCGUCCUUCCUAUUCAUGGUAGCAGCUUGGAGCUUCCUGUUGUUAUGGAGCCUGACCACAUUGCAGGCCGUGUCAGUGGUCUAUCUGACAGGACGCUUGGCGACUCCAUUCAUGCGGUGGCCAUGAGCAGCAAUUCUGUGAGUGUGGCACUUUCUACCUCACACAACCUCACAUCCCUGGAAUCUGUCUCCUUACAUGAAGUGGGUCUCAGUUUGGAGCCUGUGACUUCCAUAAGCCAGGAAGUAGCCAUGGGACAAACUCACGUGGAUGUCUCCCCAGACAACCUUUCCUUUGUGCCGUCAUCGCUGCAGAUGGAGGACUCCAAUUCAAACAAGGAGAACAUGGCUACCUUGUUUACCAUAUGUGAGUGCUUGUCAGUGUAUGCUUGCCUCAGUCUCUAGGUAUUUUUUUGCACUGCAAGGUAGAACGUUUCUUGCAGUAAACGUAUUUACUUCUGGUGGCAGAGUCCAGCUGAACCAUAAAAGAAAUCUAACAGAAGUUGGGGAAAACUGGGCUAAAUCUUACAUUGUACAGAACUGUCAUUUAAAGAAACCAACACUUUGGUGUGUAUUUUUCCCUUUUUUGUCAGCCCAGUUGAUUUCUCCUUCCAGAUUACAAAAAACAAGUUUUUUCAGCUCAUAGUGCAUACAGACAUACCUAGACACAGGAGUGGGUGUGGGUUGUUCCACUGUCACUGCUCAUUCCCUCACGUCUAUACAUACAGGCUCUAAAGUGAAUGCAGCUCAUUUGUUCUUUGCCCCUCCCCCCACUUUCUAAUUGUCCCAAGUGUUUUCCCUGCUUACAUGUUUGUUUGGUGUUUUGUUAUCUUCAUUAUUAAAAAAAGAACACAAGCCCUGUUCCCUUUUUAGCACUUACUUAUAUUUAUUUGGAGACAUUCUUAGCCACACUUCACCAUAAAGGCCCAGGGCAGGUUGCAAUAUUAUCUUGCAAAGUUAAAAUUGAAACAGAAUAGAAGACAAUAGAAGCAGGUCCCUUGAAAAUCUGCUCUGCCCAAAGAAAGGUACAAGGUGGUUUCCUGUUUGGUGGACCCUUUUGCCAGUUAGUGCUGUUGGGCCAGGAACUGGAAGAAAAACUUGAUCUUGACUUUUAAAUGGCUAUGUUCCCACAACAGACUUUCCUCUAACUAAAACUAUGUCUGUUUGUAAGCACCCUUCCAUGUGUGCACAUCCCUGCUGCACAUAGGAAUAAUUCACCUCCACCUGCUACUCAGAAUAAAGAACCUGUCUUUCCAUCACAUUUUAAUUUAGUGUAAAUUGGUCUUGUCCAUGCAGACCUACAGUAUGUUAAUGAUGUGUAUUUCCUCCCUCAAAUAAAUAAAUUAAAAAUUGAGCAAACCCAACUUCUGUAGUAUUUUCUGCCCUGGUCACUUGAAGGCAAUUUUUAAUUUCCACAAAAAGCUGGGCAAGUCAUUACUGUAUUUACAAAUGUGCAGGAUUAGAAAAAGAAGACUGCAGGCUCUUUGUGUUAACUAUUUGUAACUUGAUUUUUUGUAUUUGUGACACCCUCAUCUUGCCUGACUUGCUACAGUAACAAUAUCCCCAAUGUUCUGUGUCCUCCCUCAACUGCAGGGUGCACACUCUGUGACAAGGCCUACCCAUCUGAUUGUCCAGAUCACGGGCCUGUGACCUUUGUUUCAGACACCCCAAUCGAGAGCCGAGCCAGGCUUUCUCUCCCGAAACAGCUUGUCAUCCGCCAGUCUCUCAUGGGAGCCGAAGUUGGUAAGGAUACCGUUAACUAGAUUUUUAUGCGGUGGGGUAUGGUUGAUUGGGGAGAGAAAAGGAAAUCCCAAGUGAAUAAAACCUCAUAUGGUAAUAGUGGAAAACAAGAUAAUUAAAAGGUGGAAUUUGGAAAGAAAUUGGGUCUGGGCAGUUCAUUUGUAAAUGGGUGUACAAGACAAGAAUAUGUGUUUUGUGGUCAGAGAACGGUGGGAGGUAUUUUUAUAUUGUGCCAGUGCUUAUUGUUAAGUGAUUAAUGAGAAAAGCAAUAACAUUGUCGAGACUUGUUGCCUAGAUCAGGGGUGGCUACACUGUGGCCCUUGAGAUGUUGCUGGACUACCAUCAUCUGUGACUCUUGACCAUGCUGGCUGGGGUCCAACAACAUCUGCUUCCCCACCAUGUUUGCAUUUUCUUAUGUAGAACAGUUAACCUAGCUACAGCAACUAUUAUAUAGCCCUAUAAAAUUUUAGUGCCUCACAGCUCCUUAAGGAAGGUAGUUGAUCUGGAGGUAGGGGUUGAUAAUUAGAAGAUCAAGAGUCUAGCAGCAAGUCAUUUCACUCCCACUCAAUGCAAGAUUCUUAAUAGGUAGUAUUCUCUGUAGCGUAUUUUUUAUGUCUGCAAAGGUACAUUAGUUUACACUAAUAGAGAUUGUCACCUUUUCUCUUCAGGUGGGCAGUAUUGUCAGUUAUCAACAUGUCUUGGAUCUUCCUCCUUGGGUAUGGCCACUAGAUAAACUUUGGCAAUGAAACUCUGACUCAGUCAGUUAGUGGAAUUAGGCCUGGGCAUUCAUAGAAACUUAUUGGUUGUAUUUAUAUCCAUGUCUUUAAAUGUUUCAUUCAAGCCCUGUGACAUUAUAGUUACUUGUGCUUCUGAAAACGCAGCUCCAGAUCCGCUAAAGUAGCAACUUUUAUUUGGCCUAAUCUUCUCUGUUUUGCAAGGGUUUAAUUAAACUCAAAGAUAAGUCGGUGGGAGGAGUGAUGCUUGAGUCCGAAACUGCCAUGACAUUGUUGCUGCAAUGUUCAUAAAGGGCUUGAAAGCCCUCAGGCCAAUGACUUUCAGACUUUAUAUCUUCAGGAGACACUUUCUGCAAUGACUAACUUGUUACAGAACCCUUGUAUGUCUCUUACGGCUUUCAGGAGAUCCUGGGGUAUCUUCUAAGAGCUUACAUUCAAUUUAUGUGCCACACCAUCCAGGUCUGGUGGGUCUGUCUUCUUGAACUGAUAGUAUGAGCUACCUCUCUCCUACAGCAGUACAUUUGGAACCCCUUGGUUGAAAACCCUCUGCCUUAAGGCAUCACUCUCUUGGAGUGACAAUUAACAGCCUGGACGGAAAUGUUUAGUGGAGUAACUGGGGAGAUUAUGGAGAACCUAGUUAUUCUAACUGUGCAAAGAAUUGGCAACCUGAGAUGCUUGCUAUAUUCCUGGCUGCUUCUGCAGUUUCUGAAAUAAAAAUUUUCUAUUUUUGCAGGAAGUGCCUUGAAAACUUAAAUGAGCGCAGGAGGUCAGGACCUCACUUUCACAACUCGACUGAAAGUAAAUGAUUUGAUAUUAGAAGAAAAAUAGAUUGAUGCAGUGAUUAACAGUUGAGCGUACUCCCAAGAGUGUUAUGUGAUAGUAGUUGUUCCUGUGACUAUCUCAUUUUGUAGAUGCUUUCAUGGGCUGAUGCUUAGCAGUAGUCCUCUGAGUGCUAUACAACAUUACAUCUUUGCAGUGGUGGUGUUGGAAUUUGUUAGGUGUAAUCAAUGGAUUGUUGUUUUUAAACCUGUUGGCAGGUGUGUUGGCUAGAGAAACUAUUCCUGUACGCACUUGCUUUGGACCCCUCAUUGGGCAGCAGAGCCACUCCAUGGAAGUAGCAGAUUGGACAGACAAAGCUGCCAAUCACAUUUGGAAGGUCAGUUUGUGUUGUCAUGUUCUCCUCUUCAUUAUUGAACCUUGUGCAAAAAAGACAACUUGGGUUUGCCUUGUCUUCUUUUGUGUGCAUGCACAAAAAAUGGCAACAUGACAUUGCAUAUGAUGAGAAAAGUGGCAAGUUAUCCUGAAUUAAAUGGUAUCUGUAUGUAUCAUAUUCCAUUUUCAGAUCUGAAAAAGUGCUUGAGAGACUUGCCUUCCUUUUCCCCAGCUAUAAUGCUUCUCUUAAGAAAUAUAAUACUCUCUUAAGAAAGGUGUGUGGAGCUUUUGGCUCUCUGGAUGUUGCUGAACUACAACUCCCAUCAGUCCCAGCAAGCAUGGCCAAUGACUAGGGAAUUCUAGUACAGCAACAUCUGGAGGGCCAAAGGUUCCCUACACCUGUUUAAGGCUUGUCUGCACAGCAGGCAAAAUUGAGUUUACCACUAUGGGCUUUAUAGCUGCCUCGUCCUUCUUUCCUUUCAUCCUUGUGAACUGAAGCCCUGUCAGGGAGCUCUAGCACAUAGUGCCUUACAAAGGUUCAGAUCAUGGCGUCUUGGAAAUCGGGGUGGGAGGGAGAAUGUGCUUCUAGAAAUGAAGCUAGUCUCUAAUAAAGGAUGGUCCAUAGUAUGAUGUCUUCAUGUUUAGUUUACCCCAUCUUUUUAGACUGUUUCCAGUACUUAAUAAAUUUGUUGCAGGAAAGUCCUGGCUGUAAUAUUUCCUCCAUGUAUUAUUUCUUCCAUGCUGCUGCAGCGACAGUCUCUGUGGAGAGAUUUUCCAAACAUUUCAACUGGCACUUCUGUCUUACUUUUCUCUCAUCAGAUGUACCACAACAAUGUCCUGGAGUUCUAUAUCAUCACAACUGAUGAAAAUGAAUGUAACUGGAUGAUGUUUGUGCGGAAAGCCAGGUGAGAAAACGAUACACUUAGACAGGGUUAGGUAUCUUAGUGGAUCAGUCAUACUGGUAUGAUACACAUUCCUCCAUGUAUUGUAUCAGAACCUUAUCAUUCUAUCUCUCUUUUCUCUGCCCCCAUUUUUACUUGAAAUAGCACUCUUUAGUCCAGGCAUAGGCAAACUCUGCCCUCCAGAUGUUUUGUGACUACAACUCCCACCAUCCCUAGCUAACAGGACCAGUGGUCAGGGAUGAUGGGAGUUGUAGUCUGAAAACAUCUAGAGGGCCGAGUGUGCCUAUGCCUGCUUUAGUCCAAUAUUUUGAACUCAAAAGUGUAAUUCAAGAAAACUUGUUCCAACCAUACGUGUUAUCAUAGAACUACACUGGUUAACAGAUGGUUUCUGGACCCAACUGAAAAUGUUCUGGCUUUUGAGACACUAUCUGAAUUUGGGGCACUUAGAGCAAUGUAACUUUUAGGCUUAGGGACCAAAUGUGGCCCUCGAAGCCUUGCUGUCUGGUCCCUGGGAUUGUCCCCAGCUACAUCCCCGACUUGCCUUGCUUCUCACCCUCGAGUGAUUUUGCUUCACUACAUUGUAUACUUGAACUCCCACGUCAUUUAUAUAAAUGGAGGAUAGGGGUAGGGGUGUGUUUGUGUGUGUAUAUAGAAACUAGCCUACUGUAGAAAGGUGAACUUUACAUUCACUGCUCUGCCCACUCUUGACCUACCACAGGUCCCCAGAAAGAAAUGCAGCCCUCAGACUGAAAUAGGUUCCCUGCUGAAGGUUUAAAUCAUAAUAAUAAAAAUAAUACUAACACACCCACACUGUCAACUUCAGCUCAGGUUCACCUUUCAUGUACACAGAUGUGAGUCAGUAACUAUAUAUUACAAGAUCCUAAGCCCCUUUGUUGCCCUGACAUGUCCCCAAAAUAUGCCAGCUUUGGGGCUGGGUUAGUUAAUACCCUCCUACUGUGAUCAAAUGGAGGGGGACAGAGACAGCUUCCUCUCCUGCCUUGGUCAUCGUUGGAAACAGUCAUAGUUGGUCAUAGUUGGAAACAGGGCAUAGGCUGUGGUGCAGUAGCUCUGCUAUGGAUUCUUCACCCAUUCCUCCAUAGGAUUGCUCUGCCCUUCUUUAGGCCCACUUAAACCUUUCACCAGUACAGUAGCACCUCGGCUUCAGGUAACAUGAACGGCAAACCUGGAAGUGUUUCACCGCACACAUGCACAGCAGUCCCUCCAGUUGCAGAAACCUCGGAAUCCGACCGGAGCUCCGGAACAGGUUCCGUCUGCAACCAGCGGUACCACUGCACAACUAGUUAACCUCCACUUCUAAGCUUCCGGCUGUAUUGUUUGGCAAAAAGGGUCAAAUGUUUUGGUGCAUAUUCACAGCAGACUUUCCUGAAAUGGGCUGCAGUAAGUUUGGAUGCAAGUCGCGGGGAGUAAAAUAUGCAGGGUGUCAAAGACAUAGGAUCCAGGAGUCCAGAGGUGGACAUUGGGAAAGCUUAAAAGUAAAACAGUGACAUCUGAAUCUUGCAAGGGAAUAAUGCGACUAUUGGUCAUGCUGCCUAGAGCUGAUGGGAGCUUGGAGUCCAACAACAUCUGAAAGGAUACACAUUCCCCAUCCCUGUUCUAAAGAAGCUGUCUGCUCCAGGAUGGAAGUCACCCACUGUGCGGACCACUGGAUGGAAUUGAGUAGUAUUACAAAGCUGAAUUUCAGAAAGGUCCAAAGCUCCACUUCUUCAUUCAGCAGAAAUAUUUUUUUUCCUGACAGCUACAAAAGUAGUCAGUUACUGUUUUGAAUUAGCUUGUACUAAGAAUGUUAAGCAUUCCAGAAAUAUUGAUAGAAUAAAUAUAAAUACUAUGUCACAUUUAAAUUGAUUUCCUCUCUGCAUAUAACAGGAAUCGGGAAGAACAAAAUCUGGUGGCUUAUCCUCAUGAUGGAAAGAUUUACUUCUGCACCUCACGCGAUAUCCCUCCAGAGCAUGAGCUUCUAUUUUACUAUAGUCGAGAUUAUGCCAGACAGAUUGGUAAGCAGUUUGAUGCACUUAAUUGAAUGUAUCCUUUAGAAAGCAUCCACUUGCCUUCAGUUUGCCUCUUAUCAGAGCUAUGUUUGAAUGGAUUUAGCUCCAUAUUGUUAAUUUUAUUCAUGUCCAGAAUGUGGAAUUCUAAUUCUAGGUAUUUUACAAAAUGUUUGCCAAGCUGGGUUAUUUUGCAGGCUGGGAAGCUCAGUUAUGAGCUUUGAAGCUUGUGCAACAUCAGUUACCAAGGAACAGAAACUCUGUAAUGCCCAAUUUGCACAUUAUUGGCUUUACAUCACUAUCUGACCAUUUGUUUGCACAAGCUACUAGUUUUUAACUUUUUCUGUGCCUUCUUUUUAGUCAGGAAUAUUUUCUUGUCUUUUGUUCCUGCAAAAUGCACUGAAUAAAAAAGGAAGACCAGUCACCUUUAAGCAGAGCCAAGCUGUGAUGCUUGAAACUCUGAAAUCUUGUUUUUGCGUUAAAGGUGUUCCUGAGCAUCCUGAUGUGCACACUUGUCACUGUGGAAAAGAAUGUGCUUCCUACACAGAAUUCAAGGCCCACCUGAGUAGUCACAUCCACAGCCACUUCCCAGCCAGGGGCACAGCAGCAACCAUGGACCAGGCCACAGUAAGGAGAGAAAGUGGAAAUGCUCCAUGUGUCCUCAAGCUUUCAUCUCACCUUCUAAGCUUCAUGUUCACUUCAUGGGGCACAUGGGCAUGAAGCCACACAAGUGUGAUUUCUGUAGCAAAGCCUUUAGUGACCCUAGCAAUCUCCGUACACACCUCAAAAUACACACAGGUAAGUGAAGAUGUUAAAGUUCUGGAGUUGAUAACGUGAGACUUGAGUUGCCUUGGUUGUUAAUGAACUGUAUUGCUGUGGACAAAUUUCCACAGGCAAACUCAGUAUGAGCUCUCAAUAUAGUUUUUUAUUUCUGUGAAAGAAACUGCAAAUUUGUUGUUGCUGAGUGACUUGGUUAAUUUUUUAUUAGCGUUCUUUUUUUGCCUUUGUCAGAAAGUCCAAGGUAUUUGGCAGCAUCCUCCAUCCUACCAAGCCUCUUUCACUAGAAAUGAACAUUGUAUGCUAAGUUCCAGCUGUUGCAUACUGUGCCCCAGAGCCCUGCUUAAAGUCCCCUGCACAAAAUAGAAAGAACAUAUGGAAAUGAGCUUUAUUAUCUUGCUUACAAUGCCUUUUCUGUAGAUCCUUCUAUCCCAAUUUACCAUUUCUGUUCAAUAUGUAUUUGACUAAAUGCUCCGUUUUUAGCCUUUAGCCAGAUUUGAAAAAUUUUUCCAAAGAGGAAACACAGGGAGAUCAUGUGUUAUGAUGGGAAAGACUGUUGUGUGGCACUGUGAUGGAUCACACUGGGUGUAGGAUGAUGCAGUGUCCUGUCAGUAGUAAAAUGUGAGCAGAGCUCAGGGAUACAUACUCCCUGGCAUGUGAACAUGCAGCUGCCCCACAUAAUCAUUCCUUGUUAAUGGCAAACAGGGUGCUGGCUUAGGUUUUAAAGUGUUCAUACAAUUAUGUAGAAGGAACAGUGUAAAAUGGUCUUAUACCCCUUGUUUAACUAAUUCCAGGUCAGAAGAAUUAUCGCUGCGCUCUCUGUGAAAAGUCCUUUACUCAGAAGGCCCACCUGGAGUCUCACAUGGUUAUCCAUACAGGGGAGAAAAACCUCAAGUGUGAUUACUGUGACAAACUGUUCAUGCGACGGCAGGAUCUCAAACAGCAUGUGCUCACACAUACCCAGUAGGUACCGUAUUUUUCGCUCUAUAGGACGCACCAGACCAUAGGACGCACCUUGUUUUAGAGGGGGAGAACAAGAAAAAAAUAUUCUCCCCCUCUCUGCCCAGCGCCCCUUCAGCAAAGUGGCAGGAGGCACUGCGCAGAGAGGGGGAGAAUCUUUUUUUUUUGUUCUCCCCCUCUAAAACAAGGUGCCAUUCAAGGUGCGUUCAGUCGCCUUCAAAAGCCUUGGAAGCCUGGAGAGUGAGAGGGGUUGGUGCGCACUGACCCCUCUCGCUCUCCAGGCUUCAGUGAAGGCAACCCGAAGCCUCAGGAGCGUGGCAGGAGUUCCCGCUGCGCGCCGGAGACUUUGGGUUCCUUUCGACCUGCUCUUUGGGGUUGGCGGGGAGAAGAGCAGGUCAGGAAGAGCCUGCUCCGCAAGCUUCUCGGGGCUGCCGGGGAAGUCUGGGUCCCCUCCCCCGAGCCCCAAGGAUGCAUCCCGCUCGCUGUCUUGGCAUCUGCCAUAGCCACACGCAGCCUCUCCCGGCUGGAGAGGUUGCGUGUGGCUAUGGCAGUACCCCACCUCCGCAAAGCCCACAGGAGCCGCGCACCCUUUAAGGAGUGCGUGGCUCCUGCGGGCUUUCUACUACGAGGAGGGAGAAGGGACUGACUGGCCGCGUCAGUCCCUUCUCCCUCCUGAGGAAAAGCCCGCAAGAGCCGCGCGGAGCUUGAGCUUAUGUGCGGCUUUUGGGGACUUUUCCUGCCUGCCUCCCCCUGCAUUCGCUCCAUAAGACGUACACAAGUCUCCCCUUACUUUUUAGGAGGGGAAAAAGUGUGUCUUAUGGAGCAAAAAAAAUACAGUAACUUGCAGGGGAAAGAUAAUUUAGAACACCAGAUUUUCUACAGAAAUGCAGGUGUUGUCUCUUAUGCACCUCUCCUCUGCGCAGAACAGAGGGAGCGUGGUUGUUCAAUAGUGCUGUGUCUUUACUCCCAGGGUGAUUGACCACCCUUCCCAGGCAACGGCAGCCAAGUGCACAAAGCCUCUCAGGCUCUGUUCACAAGGCUGCCUUCGCACAGGUGGGCUACUGCUGCUCCUGGGAGAAAGAGGUAGCCCACCCGUGCCAAGGCAGAGGUGGUUGAGGCAAGCGCACUGACCUGCCUUGGCAUGGGCGGGAGGAGAAGUCUAACAAAGCCUCCACCCCGCUUGUGCAGGCUGGAGGUGGAGCUGUCUUAAGACUUCUCCGCUGAGGGGCAGGCAUCCAGGCACCUCUUAAUAGAGUAAUUUAAAUAAGCAACUGGUGGCAGAGGGAGAAGCGAGUUGUCUUCUUUAAACUGCUCCUCAGCAGAGCAGUUUAAAGCCCCAACUCUGGCCCUGUGGGGGCUCCAUUAAACUGCUCCUACCCCCCCCCCAGCAGAAGGCAGUUCAGGCAAGGAGCCAGGGUGGGGGCAGCCUGUUCCCAGCAGUGGGAACAAGCUGCACUGUCCCCAGCCUCAUGAAGUGCUGGGGUGAAACCACCUCAGCUCCUUUGUUAAGAGUAGCGACAGUUUCACCGUGGUGCCUCACAGGGCUGGGCCCAGUGCAGCUGCUUGUUUCAACAUCACUGUGUAUUGCUGUGUUUAAAUUCUGCUAUCACCCAGCCCUACUUUAAACCACAGCUUAGCUCAACUGGUGACAUGGAAACCAGAUCAAUAGCUGUUUUUUUUUAAAAAAAUAGAUAUAUUUAUCUCUAUCAGUCCACAUUCAAUCAUAAUUACAAAUGCUUCUUUUCUUCCUUGUUUAGAGAACGCCAGCUUAAAUGUCCCCAAUGUGAGAAGCUGUUCUUGAGGACAAACCAUCUAAAGAAACACUUAAAUUCUCAUGAAGGGAAGCGGGACUAUGUCUGUGAAAAAUGCUCCAAGGCUUAUUUAACAAAAUAUCAUCUCACUCGUCACCUAAAAAUCUGUAAAGGACCAACCUCCAGUCUCUCAGCCCAGGAAGAUGACGAGGAUGAUUCUUCAGAGGAAGAGGAAUUGAUAAACUCUGUAAGGAGUGACACCUGUAGGCUUAAUACAAACAUGUAUGUGACAAAUGACGCACUCUCUUGCCACAAAUAAGAAAUGGAGGACUUAAAAUAUAAAUCGACUCGACUUCCUAAAAUCAUGUUUAUUACACUACAGUGAAUUUCUGGGCAAGGACCAGAUCUCACCCCUUAUGAAAAUGGCGUAUGCACUCAGAGGUUUCAAGAAGGGUAAAAACAAACUUAUCACCUAUCCACUUCAAGUGUGGAAACUGCUACUGGUGAUUUGGUUGAAGUGCAAUGCAUGACUUAAGAAAAACUGGCAGAUACACCUCUCUGUAUUCUAGUCAGCUGCUUGGCACAAGAGCAGAUACCCUCAUUUACAGUUAAUAAAUUUGAUUUGUAUGCCAUCACAGCAGAACAGUGCCCGGACUCCUCCCCCACCCCAAAUGAUGUAUACAUUAGUUUGGGCUCAAUAUGAACUUACUUAAAUCAAUAUUCAUUGUACGCCAAUGAAUUGCCCAUGUGUUAAGACAACUAGUAUUUGCAGAUGAGACUGUUAAUAUACAGUAUGGGAUCAAUACAGGAAAGCAUGCUUAUAAUGCAGAUUUGGUUUUAGCAUGAGCCAGCAAUUUGCUGUAUAUAGUGCCAUAUGGUAUUACCUGUAUGGUUACUAAUAACCAUGUAUUUUGGGGAGUUCUGCUGCUAAUAUAUUUAUGGAAUGACGAUUCAUUUAAAAUCUGUUUCCUUAUGGAAAAAUUAAAACACUGCUUUUUAACGC